AUGCGGGAACAUUAUUCAGCCCGUCAAGGCGGCCUCAGGGGUCAUACCGGAGCCCUACAAUAUCAUCGGGAUAUCUUUGAAGAUAAUGGAUUUCUGCCUUCAGGAGGAACUUCAACUUAUCACUCUCCACGACCAGGUCCAGCAAUAGUCGACGAAUUUGGUAGUAUGUGGCGACAGGCCGAUGAGUACAGUGACAGCCCAAUAAACACCUACCAGGACGGUCUACAUCCCAACAACAUGCAGGAAUACUCAGAGUCUAUGAUUUACCGAAGAAUGCCAACCCCCAAUUAUUUCGAACAAAACCAAAAACAUGCUCGACGAAUGGUAUCCAAUUCUUACUCUCGUUCACCGUCACCCCCAAAACGUCGAAAAGCAGCCAAAAAAGAGAAUAAGAGAUCAAAACUCGAAAAGCCGCUUAGCGAGUUGACUAGACAUCUCGAACAUAUCCCGAUUAAAAACACAGAAGCAUGGGUGAACAGAUCGCUUGAAGAACGCCGCAAGGAGGUUGGCAAUGAUGGGUUCAUCAAACGCCCUUCCAAUUCCUUCAUACUGUAUCGUUCAGCAUUUGCAGAUCGUUGCAGAGAGUAUGAAAAGUCAAACAAUCAUCAAGACAUUUCAUCAAUGGCCGGAGCAAGUUGGGCUAUUGAAUCGUCCGCUGUUCGAAAACAAUAUGAAGAUUGGGCUAAGAAAGAGCGCGAAAAUCACCAAGCAGCUUUUCCUGAUUACAAGUUUCAACCACAGACUCAAGAAGCAAAGGCUCGCAAGCGCAAAGAAAAGUUUGACGAAGAACCUUUUGAAGAAAGUGACCCAGAAGACCCUACCUAUUACGGACGACGAGGCACGACCCCUGCAAGCGCUCGAUCAGCCAGGCCUAAAAAAGUCCGAAGGGAUUUUAGAGAGUCCAGCUACACACCUAGCCUGGGUUCCGAAGGUGAAUGGGGCAGCCCACAAGCAUAUCCCAGCGCUCUCCACGAGUCCGCUUAUUUCCAUGGAGCGAUGCCGGGCAAGCCAAUACCGACCGCCCUUCCCCGCAGCGGUCCAGGAGGUGGGUAUUUCCAGACAGCAAGUUAUCCGAAUGCAAGUUACUCCAACCUCGGUCAUAUAGAGGACAUCUCGUACCAUACGAGUGAUGCACCGGACACACUCUAUGGCUCGCAAAUUCCAGCUGGACUUCCAGGAGCGUCCCAUGAAGAGCUGAUGGCUGACACAAGUCUCGACAAUGGCCACUUGACAUUCACAGCGCCUACAUUAGAUCCGGAUCUUCUGGCAUUCGACCACACCCUACAGAGCCAAACGGAGGACCAAGCCGCGGUAGCAGCUGUGGGAGGGUUCCAUGCCAAUGACUAUAUUAGUAGCGACCAGGUGGAGUUCGGAGGGGAGGCAGGGCUCUCUGAUGGCAUCGAAAAAUGGGAUCACUUCGAUGAAUGA